AUGGGCUUGUGGCAGGAGGAGCUGCUGGGCAUCGCCCUGCAGGCCAGUCGGGAGCAGCAGUCGCGGGGGCGAGGGGCGGAGCCUCUGGUCGUGUUGGAGGGCGACGGCUGGGACAUGAGCGACGCCGGCAGCAAGCAGCAGCAGCAGCAGCAGGGCGCCGUGGUGGAGCAGAGCGUUCAGCAGAUACAGGUGCAGAUGUCGCACGACGGGCAGCAAGCGGGCGCGCAGCACGCGGUGGUGGGCGUGCAGCAGCAGGCGACGCAGCACCACCAGCAGACGGGGGGCGUGGCGGUGGUGUCCUCGGGGGCGGCCCAGUGCGUGGUGCCCACGUCCAGCAUGGCCCAGCAGCUGCAGCAGCAGCAGGUGGCGGUGUCGAUGCAGCAGCAGACGAUGCAGAACCCGCCGGUGAUAGCGCCGGCGCCCAUGCAGGCGUCGCAGGCGGCCACCACCACCAUCACCACCAUGUCCACCCUCCACCCGCCCAUGCAGCACCCCGUGCCUCCCCCCACGCCGCACGUCGCGGGCGUGCCGCACUCCCAGCUGCAGCAGGUCAACGACUGGGGCCACGGGCGGGUGCAAGUGAUCCAGCAGCCUCUCCAGAACCCCACGUACCUGCAGCAGCUGUACAACACGCAGGGCCAGCUGCUGAUGCCCGGCAACCUGCAGCUGCACCCGGCGGGCAUGAACCCCUCCUCCAUCCACGUGAUCACCGCGGGCAAGCCGUUCCAGCCCAACCAGAUACCUCAGCAGAUGAUCGCCACGCAGAAGUCUGUGCUACAGGGGCAACCGACUUCGUUCCCGGGCUACGCUGCAAUCCCGACGACCACCAACCAGACGCUGGUGAUCAGCCAGCUCGGCGUGAUCAGCAACCCGCAGAACAUCCUGCCGGCGCACUCUGCGGCCGGGGCCAAGCCCUCGGACAUGCAGAAGGUGAUGGGGAGUAAGGCGGUGGGAGGGAGCGGCGGCGGGAUGAAGGGAGGAGGAGGCGGCCCCCAGCAGUCGGCCGGCUACGUCGUGUCCCAGCCCCAACAGCUGAUCACCACUCAGACUCCCACGACCGCCAUGCUAGGCACGGGACAGGCUGCGCAGUUCCUGAGCCCCAUACAGUACACUACUUGUGGCGGUGGUCGGGCUGUGCAGCAGAACAGUCAGCCCAUGCAGUUCUCGCCCUGGCAGUUCGGUGGCCCCUCGUUGCCCCAGGGCAUAACGUGGGCCACCGCAUCAGGGGGGCUCCAGCCCCCCACCCUGCUCACCACUCAGAACCCCAUCUUCAUCAGGAGCCAGCAGGACGGCACGGGCAUGUUCAUACAGAGCCCGCCGCCCCAGCUGCAGUCGCACAAUCAGACCCUGACGGCCGCGCAGGCUGCCAUGCAGGGCUCCCAGCAGAUGGCGGGCAAGCCGCGCCCCGCCAUGGAGAUCCAGGCCAACAUCCAGCCCAAGGCGGCGGUGCCGCGCGCACUCUCCAACAUCCUCCCCUCCAUGGGCGCGGCCAGCGGCGUGCGGCCGGCGAGCUCCGUCUCCACCCAGACGGGCAGCUCCGCGCAAGUGAACGCUGCCCAGGUGCAGACCCAGAAGACCCAGGCGAAAGUGCGAUCGAAGCCCACCAUGAGCCGUGCAUCGCCCGCACCGAGUGCCCAGAAGGCGGAUGCUGCCAACCAGACCAAGCCGCAGAGCGGCAGCCCCGCAGCACAGCAGCCCCAGCAGAUGGCCACGUCCACCACUGCCACGAAGAUGAUCGUGACCAACGUCAGCACAGGGAUGACCGGGGUGACGAUGACCGGAGUUGGGUCGCCUGUGUCCGCGGAGAAGGCCCAGCAGACUAUGAUGGCUCAGGCGGGAGCUGCAAAGACACUCAUGCAACAGCAGCAGGUGGCCAUGCAGCAGCAACAGCAGCAACAGCAACAGCAACAGCAACAGCAACAGCAACAGACUCAGAUGGCUGUCCAGCAGCAGCAGCAGAUAAACAUGCAGCAGCAACAGCAACUGCAGCAGAUGCAGCAUUUCCAACAACAACUUCAACAGCAACAGCAACAGCAGCAACAACAACAGCAGCAGCAACAGCAUCAGCAGCAGGUUCAGACCAUGCAACAGCAACUGCAGGCAGCACAGCAGGUCCCACAGCAACAGUCACCGCAGCCUCAACAGAUACAACUGCAAGUGCAGCAGCAGGUGCAACCACAGGUGCAGCCCCAGUCUCAACCUCAGCAACAGCUGCAGACCCAGCAACAACAGCUGCAGACCCAACAACAACAACAACAGCAGCAGCAGCUGCAGAACCAGCAACAGCAGCAGCUGCAGAACCAGCAACAGCAGCAGCUGCAGAACCAGCAACAGCAGCAGCUGCAGAACCAGCAACAGCAGCAGCUGCAGAACCAGCAACAGCAGCAGCUGCAGAACCAGCAACAACAGCAGCUGCAACCACAACAGCAAGUGCAGCAGUUGCAGCCAAAACCUGUCAUAGGCAUCGCGGUGGUGUCGCAGCAGCAGCAGCAGCAGCAGCAGCAGGAGCAGCAGCGGCCGGCCUGCGCGCCCGUCCACUCGGCCACGAGCCCCGGCCCCGCGCACGUCGCCACCCCCGCCUCCUCCUUCCCCCACGUCGGGGCACGCGGCGGCCCAGGCCACCCAGACGUCCAAGGACGACGCGAUGGGCGGCAAGCCAGGCGAGGAGCCGGCGCAGGAGGCGGCCGUGCAGAUGGAGGUGGAAGAGAGCCUGCGGGCGAAGUUCCGAAGGACAAGGCGGUGGGCGGGGCUCUUGUCGAGAACAGCGGCAACGGCGCGCCGGACGACGUGAGAGUCGAAAGGGAGCGCGACAAGGGGCUGCCCAAGGCCAUGGUGAAACCGCACAUUCUCACUCACGUCAUUGAUGGCUUCGUCAUAAGAGAAGCAGGAGAUCCCUUUCCAAGCCGAGCUACAGUUCACAGCGAGUUGGUCCAGAUUUCGAAGUCUGCAAACCAUCAGCUGCCAAACGGUGACCGGAAACCUUACCCCGACUGUGACGAACCACAGAAAAAGAAGCAGUCGGUGGAUGCCAGCCCCAGCUCCCCACCUGGGCCUAAAGGAGAACUUGCCAAGUGCGAGUUCUGUGGGAAAAUGGACGUCCGCAGCAGGUUUCGGAAGUCUUCCAAGCGCUUCUGCUCGGUUGCUUGUUCCAAGAGGUAUAACGUUGGUUGCAGUAAACGCGUUGGUCUAUACAAACCAGCAACCUCCAACAACAAUAACAAUACUCCAAGCACAAACAACAACAACAUAUCAUUGGAUGAGCAACAGCCAGACUCUAAAGACCUACAGAGGCAGAAAAACCUUGGGAAGAACAAAGACUUGGUACCGGGCCAGUCUCAAGCAGUGGCGACGACGGACGAGAACACCGACACCAACGACUCUGCCGCGUCCGGGGCAGAGAGCUCGUUGUCCCCGUCGGAGGCUCCGGAGGUCCCGCCCGUCGACAUGGAGGACAGCUCCGCCGAGUCCGUGCUGUCGUCCGCCCAGCCGAAGAUAAACCCUCUUAAGUGGACGGUGUCGGAAGUGUGCGAGUUCAUCAGGACGCUGCCCGGCUGCUCGGACUACGUGGACGACUUCGCGAUCCAGGAGAUAGACGGCCAGGCACUGAUGCUGCUGAAGGAGGACCACCUCAUGCAAGCCAUGUCCAUGAAGCUCGGGCCGGCGCUGAAGAUAGUCGCGAAGAUCGACACGAUGCGCGGCGACAAGGACAAGUAGGCGGCUUCGUGCUUCGCGCUGUCCCGUACCUUACCUCGACUAGUGCACAGAGACGGCUGUUCGAACUGGGAACGGACUCGGCUCUGCCAAAUUUUUUUCAGUUCCUGAACUCCGGCAGUUGUGUUUUCCGUACCUGCUCUGUGCACUGAUAUUUUUUGUAAAGUGACUUUACACAUGGGAAAUGACGGAACUUGCACGCGUGGUCCUAUUAUCUUGUUACUUUGACCUUAACAAUUUGAAACUAGUUCGAAACACUAGAAUUCAGACCAAAAAAACUUUAUAAAUAGUUUUCAUAAUAACCGAUGUGCACAGAAGAAUUGUUAUCGUUAUCAUAGUCACGGGCAUUUUCUUGGUUAUGCACAUAUUUUAAAGUUAGACUUUUAUGACUUUUAUUUUAUAGUUUUUUUUUAUUGUUCAGCUCUGCAGUUAUCGCUAUCCAGGAUGCAUUGCAUUACAGUUCACCAAGUAUUGAUCUCUAAUAUUAGUGAGUUUAUUUUCAUGCAAUAGUUUUGAAUUGCACGUAAGACUGUACCUUAUUCCAUAUUACUGUAUGAUUACUUUGUUACAAUGUAACAAAAAUAAUGUCCUAGUUACCAUCAUUACCUUCUUAAAAAUGCUAUUUUCUUUUUUAAUCGAAUGGUGCACAAAGUGUUUAUCAUAUACAGAUUUUGAAGGAAUUUCAUUCAAUUAAAAUAGCAUCGUUAAAAUUCUAUUACUAAAUAAUAGGUUUAUUAUAGAUGUGAAGAUUAAUUUUCCAAGGUUUAGUUUUUCCACUCUGGUAUACCUAUAUUCUGUUAUUAAUAGGAUAACAUAGUAUUUUAGUUCCAGCUUGAAAAAUCAUUUUAUAUUUAAUAUUUUUAAAACAAAUGUGCCUUAACUCUUUCAUAAUGGCAUACUAGUAAUUAUCAGUAAAAAUACAACUUUGAUAACUGAGUCACUUCAAAGCUAAUUCACAUCAACUAUAUCUUUACUUACUAGGAAUUGUUACAUUUCCUGUAGUUUAUGAAAGUUCAUAAUUUAUUUUCAAUAUAGCAUUGGUAUGAUAUAAUGCAUAUUAUACCCAAGUAGUUUAUUUAUGAAAUACAAAUGUUGAAUUUUUUUUUACAAUUAUUUUUGUGUAUUUACUCAUUUUACUGAAAUCCUGACAGUUGAAACUCAAUCAGGUUGUGUAUUGGUUCAAAGCCAGAGCUAUGCUGUUCUUUUUGUCUUAUCUGGGACAGAUUUCAGCAGAUUUCAGCUGUCAACCACACUUCCGUGAUGCAAAGUGCUUUAUGCAUGUGCAUGGUGAUGCAAACAAUAUCAUGCACACGUACAAUGCAGGAAUUUGUAGUCUUGUAGGUGUUGUAUGUUGUAGAAUGCAAAUAUUUUGGCAAGUAAUGUUUUUACUCUUUGUACAUGUGGUAAGCCUGUUCCUUGGGUCAGUCGUGGGGUCUGUGAAAUAUUGUAGAGAAUAAGUGACACUAUUUGUUUGCAUGCCACAACAGCAUUUUAAUUUGUUGUGUGACAUGAUGCAUGUGUUUAUCACAAAGGAGUCUGAAAUGUGUAUAAGAAAACUGGUGUGUGUGUGUGUGUGAUUGUGCAACUUUAUGAUGAGUUUAACAUAUUCUGCAGAGAAAUCAUGAGACUUUUUUCCCUUUACUUAUUUUUCAUCACUGUAAACUGUUGUACUAGUGGUCUUAUUAACAUAAUUUUCACAGUGUAUUGGUGGGCAGAAGUUCUGAACUAUUUUUUAUGAUGGAAAGUAGGCAGCGAAAUAAUUUAUUUGUUGCCACAUGUGAGUGAAUACACUGCUAAUUUCUCACCUCUACUUAACUGUUUUAGUUUGAGAAAAAAAUUCUUUAUGUUAGUUCUAAAAUUAAUAUAAAGAGAUUGUUGCCAUUAAUGAUUUUUUCUCUCUUAAUUUAAAAAUCAUAGUUUCUUAGGUGCCUGAAACACUGUCCACUAGAAAUAAUCACUGAUAUAAUAAGGAUAACAGUAGCAAAAAAAUUUUCACUAUUAAAAAUGAUUGAGGAGCUCUGGAACAUAGGUUGUAAGUAAAAAAAUGUUACAGCUUUUAAUUAGCUACAUAAUUUCAUCUCUGAAAUGUUAUUAUUUGGUAUGGAAAAAGUCUACUAUCUGCAAAAGUCUUGACUUGCAUCACUAUGUUCCAGAGCCUUUAAUUGUAACCAAGUGAUUUUUUUUUGUUAUACAGUCACUUUAUUAUUCUUUUUCGUAUAGCAAUGUGUUAUAUUGUUAUCUUCCAUAAUUGUCUCAAAGCAGUUUCACAGUGUAAAUACGCCACAGCUGUUGUAUUAACUUGGUGUACUAUCGACCGACUUCACCAGACAAAACACAAAAUGUGUUGCAAUUAUUUUAUGUUGCGUUCGAUACUAUUAUAGAUGCUGUUAGUUGAUGCUUACUCAACUAUCGCAACUGCUUGUUCUAACAGAAGUCAAUCAUUUAUGUACUUACCACGUGUCAGUACUCCCUAUGCCAUAAUUUGCAUAAAAAAAUUAUAUAUAUAUAUAUAUUUUUUGUGGUUGUUAAUUUAAAUAAGAAAUUUCUUAAACAUUUCUCACAAGGAGAGGGCAGGGUUACAAGGUCUCAGUCUCAGAAUAUCUUUCUUGACGUAGGGGAAGGUCACCUCUUGACUAUUAAAUGAACAAAGCCAUUGGGCUGAAUAGCGAAGCAUACCAGAUAAUUAUGCUAUUUAGAAAUUUUAAGCGACUUAAGUAGACUGAAUGUUAUUUUACUGCCCAAGCGAGCUCGUAACUCACCUGGCAGGAUGCUUGUCUAGUAACCACUGUCGUUGGAGCAAAUCUCGCUGCAUGCAAUUUUUUUCCUUUUCGUUAUUUUUUUUUAAGUGAAACUUCUUUGCUGAGGGAGGGGCUACAAUUUUUGAGCGUUAAGAAAAUUCGGAUCACAUGAGGGGAUUAGUUAGCUGCGUGGUGGGGAAACCGGUGUGUCAGCGGCGACAGCACUCGACGCAUGCGCUAGUGGUCGAAUGGUUAAAUGGUAAAAAGGGUGGGAAUAGGUACGUAGCAGAGCAUUCCAUAUGCUGGUUGUAACGACCUGAAAUUAUGGCAGGGAAGCGGUAGAAAUGAAGGAGCAGUGAUGCUACGGAAUUCUCGUAACGCUGUUUGUGUUUGUCUCCUCCUGAGUUUUCGUAAAGGCUAAUGAUAAUGAUUAAUGCUAUCAUAUUUGUUAUUUACAAAGUAUUUAUUCGUGUGGAAAAGAGUUAUUGAUUUGUGCAAUUAUCAUUCAUUUUUAUCAAAAUAGUGUGAUUGAAAAUGUAAAUAUUUUAUCUCUAACUAUGCCUAUUAAGCAAGAAGUUUCACUUCUGUCACGCGUGGACUCCAUGCUCACACUUUUUAUUUUUUCACGCCAAGUGUUGGAGAUAUUCUGAGACCUGGCUAGCCUGCUCUCUCCUUGUCAGUUAGGUUCAGUGUAAAUUUGCUUCUCCUGCAGGAUUGUGUUGAUUGAAUGGGCUCAUUAUAGUCACUUGACCACCGUAAAUAAAGCAACUGCAGCUUUGGAAAAAUUAAGGUUAUAGUUAAGUUGCCUGUCACAUCAUUUCGCUGGGUUAGAAUGCACUGUCGUUUUUUUAAAAAAAUAAAUAAAGGCAGUUGUUUAGCACUUAACCACCUGGAUUUAGUGAAGUGGAAGUUGCAUAGACGUGAAAUACUGUGUGGGUUGGCACACCGUGAUUAGGUGAGAACUGCCAGGGUUCUUCUUUGAUAUAAACUACGCGACUGUUCGUAGGCGGAGUCGCCAGCCAACCUUUUACAGUUCCUGGAGAUCACCUCAUUGGACAGGAAUUUACUGCUGCGUUUUGAGAACCGUACCAAACACAAUUUUGCAUUACUGAAUUUAUUUCUUAUUUAUUUUGCUAAAAUGCAGAGUAUUGAAGUAAAAAUGGCACAGUAAUAGUAGUGAGCAAUCUGCAGUUGCUAAAAUGAAAAAAAAAAAAAAAAAAAAGUUAUUCUGGAGAAGGCACAGCUACAUGAAUCUUUUUAGGAUAUUGUAAUGGCUGUAGUAUGAUCAAGAAUCUACCUUAUCCGUAGAGGCAAGACUUUGUGAUUUCAGUUUCAGUUAUUUUUAUUUUGGAAACUAAAGAUUUUGGAAUUUGGCAUUUUAUUUUUCAAAUUAUUUUUUUGAUUCAACAUAAAAAUUAAUAAACACUUAUGAAUUUUUUUCUCUAAAUGCUGUAAUUAUGAUGAAUUUAAUUAUUAUAUAAAAUUAAAAUUAUUUAUUUUGGGGCUUAUUUUCUCAGUAAAAAAAUUUAAACAAGCAAGCAUGAGUUUGUUUUAAGUAUGCUGCACAGUUAUUUGUCAUAUCUAUUUGUCUGAGACGUACAUGAUUUAUUUGGAAUAUUAAUUUUUAAAGACAAAUCAUUUGAUUGAAAUUACUUUUGAGUUGGUGUUUAUUUUAUACAAUAACUUUCAUUUUUGUAUUAUUUUUCAGUAUUUUAUGCAGUUAGCUAUAAAAUCUUGUCUCUAUUGGUUAAGAUGCAAAUUGAAGUGUUCUUCAAGUUAAGUUCCAGUAUUAAUUGGAAAUAAUGAUUACGGUUUCUUUAAUUUUGAGAAAGUUUAGGAGUAUGCAUGAACCAUCUAUGCUCAUCUGAUCUGACAUUGCAAAAGGAGAUGUGUGUGGACUCUACAGAAUGAGGUAUAUAUAUUUAGGUUUCUGAAGGUUCUGAUAGGUUUCAGAUUUCUGUGUUUCUUCUGGUCAUGAGCAUAUUUAAAUAAUGAUUUUCUAUUUUCAUAUUCUUUUGUUAAAUGAGAAAUGUGUGUAUUUUUUGUACUAAAGUGUACAUAUUAUAAAAAUGAGUUAUUCAUGUUUUGUUAUGACUGAAGUGUUUGUUAUGUGUUUGCAAUUGCAAUAUGUAAAGUGUAGUGUUGAAAUACAGGCUAUUAUUUUUUGGUGUUCUUUAAAAAUUAUAUUUUAAGAGCAUCAAUAAGUUUGUGAAUGUAUUAGUUUCAUAUUUAAAGAUUUUUGUUGUGCCUACCCAAAACAAAAAAAAAAAGUUGUUUUAAAGCUUUGUGUUUAGAAAAAGAGGUUUUGGUUGGUAUGUAUAUUUCCUUUCUUAUAAGAAAAAGGGAAAAAAUAUUAAGUUUACAAAUUUUAAUAUAUUAAGUCACUUAAACAAACCAUCAAAUUAAAAAAGAAGGCAUGUAAAAGUUUUCUUGCCCUUACUGUUGGAAAAAAAAAAGUUUUUUUUUGUAUUAAGUAAAAUUACUUCCUUCAUAGUAACACAGCUCGCAUCACUGCCUGUUCGAACAUGUUACUGUACAUGAGAAUUUAUAGAUUUUUCAUUAAAUAUAACAUUUAUCAUCAA